AUUUGUCUUUGUUUUGCCUUCGGCCAUCUUGUUCGUUUAACGCUGUAUAUAAAUUUGUAUAGAGUGCGUCGGUGAGAGAUUGAUUUUGGUUUGCGAGUAAACUUGAAAAAAUGAGUUCGGCUGAUAACGAAAAAAGUUCCGUUAAUAAGUACAAAAGUGGUGGUUAUGGUUCGUACAGCAGAGGUAGUUCAUCUAAUUCUCACUCCUCAGGAUUUGUAAAGAGGGAAAGAGCAGAGUCACACAACCGGUCUGAGCAAAAAGGCGACGUUGAUGAAGCAAAAAAGUCCGGCUCUAACAACGCCGACUCUUCGGCUCCUAAGCCAAAAACUCAAGAAAAAAAGUUCACUGGUAGAUGUAGAAUCUUCGUGGGAAAUGUUCCUAAUGACAUGACCGAAGAUGAAUUUAAAAAGAUGUUUGAAGCUCAUGGUGAGACAUCUGAAUUGUUUCUCAAUGCCAACCGAGGUUUUGGAUUUAUCAGAAUGGAAACUCGUCACAUAACUGAAAAAGCCAGAGCUGCAUUAGAUGGCCAAGUGGUGAAAGGUGGAAGACAUUUGAGGGUUCGUCUUGCUGGACAUCCAGCUGCACUUAAAGUUAAGUACCUCUCACCAAAUAUCUCUAAUGAAUUGUUGGAACAAACAUUUUCCAUGUUUGGGGAAGUGGAAAGAGCAGUUGUUAUUGUUGAUGAUAAAGGCAAGCCCACAGGAGAAGGCAUAGUAGAAUUUUCCAGAAAGGCUGCUGCUGCAUCUGCUGUUAAGAAAAUUUCUGAAGGAAUAUUUCUCAUGACUGCACAACCAAGACCUAUCGAGGUUGAAUUCUUGGAACAAAAGGAUGAAAAUGAUGGAUUGCCUGAAUUAUUCUUCACUAAAACAUCUGAGUUGUUAAAAGAUAGAGAAAAGCCACCAAGGUUUGUACAGCCUGGAAGUUUUGAAUCUGAUAUAGGUCAGAAAUGGAAGAAGUUGUAUCAGCUAUACAGAGAUCAAGAGGAACUUCUAAAGAAAAACUUUGCGGAUGAAGUUGCCAAGUUGGAAGUUGAUCAGGAGACUGCGAUGCUGGAGCAACAUACGAAUAUGCUCAGACAAGACUUGCAGAGAAGACAGGAAGAGCUACGACUUCUGGAAGAACAAACUCAAAAUGAGAUCAAGAGGAAAUUGGAAAUGAGGAAUGUUUACCAAAACAGACGUCAGGAAGAUGAGAGACGUAGAGGUCCUUUGAUGGAUAAUGAUUUGAGAAGGAGACAGGAUGAUGUUUUAAGAAGGCAGAUGGAUGCCGUUAAGAAUCAAUCCUCUGAUAACCCAUUCAAUUUGGAUCGUGGUUUGGAGCGUCCAUCAGCUGGAGCCCCACCUCUUCAACCUCCUCCAGUCCCUCCCAAUGUUGAUAGGACUCGUCUUCAAACUGGUGUUGGGUUGCUGGGUAGUGCACUGGGUGUUGCCCAGAGUUUGGGUAAUUUCAACAAUGGUGGAAAUGUUAGAGUGGGAAUGUUGGCACGCCCUCCACUACAGAAUAAUGUUCCACUUCUUAUGGAUCCUACUGGACCACAAAUGAGACCCCCUCAGAACAUGAGAUUCGAUAAUCCACCUCCUGUAUCCAGCAAUAUGUUGGGACUAAGACCUCCUGGUGGCAUGGGACAACAUGGUCCUAUGUUGCCCAAUCAAGGUUCAGUUAGUCAUUCUGAAGCUAAAAGACCACGCCGAUAUUAAAUACAUUCGUUGGACAUGAUUUCAUAAAACAAAUUUAACAAUAACAUUCGAUGUGUUUGUCAUCUAGUGAACCGUUUUCAAUAUUUUUAUUCAAGGAUAAUAAUUUAUGUGUUUUCUUUCUUCUGUUCGUUGUGUAAUGUUUUAAAUGAAAUCGGUGUUGUUAAAGACAUUUUAUUUUUGUUGUGUCUGUUGGACAGCUAAAGAUGUGAUCAUGAUAAGUUGUUCAAUGUUCAAUGUGUUUUUAUCAAAAUAAAAUUAUUUGUAAAUUUCA